AUGGUCGACACAAGCUAUCUUGCGCAGCAGGUCAACAACAGUAUUGGCCAGCUGCACGGUCUCUUCGAUGAGAUCGGUGUUCCUGAUCAUGAGCGCGAAGCUCGUGAGUCCGAGUUAUUCUCAGCACUAUCCGAGGCCCUCAAUAGCCAAGUGCGACUCGUCAACUCAGAAAAGAAAGAAAUGGUCGACGAAGCAAAAAAGAUCAUCACCAUCAUUCAUCAGAUGGAGGCCUCCCUCGACGACCAAAAUCGACGCCGUUCUAAUGAGGAUGAUGAACUCACCAUCACCUAUCCGUUAACACGAUGCCUUCAAAAGUUAAAGGAGAAGCACACCAUAAUCAGUCGCAUCCACAAGGAGCGCUUCGAACAAGUCAAGAAACUCGUAGUGGCUCUCGAAUCCUACUCCUCACAUCUUGAGCCUACUUUCGUCCAGAUCCCAUUGCCCCCUACAGACCCAGACCAGACCAUUCCUGCUAACUUUGACCUUUCGUCCACUUAUGUUGACAAGCUCGACAGUGAGUUUACACGAGUCUAUGAAGAGUAUUCUCGUCGUAUUGCCACAGUUCAGGCGCUUGCCGACCAGACGAUUGGACUCUGGGCAGAGCUUGGUAUCCCUCAAGCGCAACAAGAUGCUGCUAUCGUCAAGUACUACCGUGAUGCUCCUGAGCAGCUCGGCUUGCAUGAGGAAGACAUUAGCCGACUCCGCGCCAAGCGUGAUAGGCUCUCAGACGAGAAGAAGAACAGGGAAAAGAAGCUCAGCCAACUCAGAGCUGCCGUUGAGGCCCUCUGGAUCAAGCUUGGCGUCGAUGAAAGCGAGACCAAGUCAUUCCUUAACGCCAACCGUGGCUGUGGUGUCCGACAGAUCAAUGAGUUCGAAGACGAGCUUAGCCGCUUGAAUGAGCUCAAGCGCCAGAACCUCCACCUCUUCGUCGAAGACACCCGCGUCAAGCUUCAAGAACUCUGGGAUGCGCUCUACUUCAGCGAGGAUGAAAUGCUUGAGUUCACCCCUGCCUUUUCCGAUGUCUACAGUGAUGCUCUGCUGGAGGCUCAUGAGCGUGAGGUCGCCCGCCUCGAAGCUCUAAGGGAAGAGCGAGCCCCCACAUUAGCUUUGAUUGAUAGACGCAAGGCCCUGAUCAAGGAGCGUAAUGAUCUCGCUGCCUCAAGUCAAGAUGCGUCGAGACUCAUGGGCCGUGGUCAGAAGGGUGAGAAGCGAGAUCCUGGCAAGUUGCUUCGCGAGGAGAAGAUGCGAAAGCGCAUUGCCAAGGAGCUUCCCAAGAUUACUGCUGAGUUGCGCAGGAUACUUUCCGAUUGGGAAGAGGAAUAUUCACGGCCAUUCCUCGUCUGUGGAGAGUGUUACCUGGACGAGAUUGAGGCUGAAGAGGAUUCAAAGAAGAACACGCUGCCACCGCGAUCCAAAACUCCUGCUGGCCCACCACCCUCAACUGCCAAGCCACCCAAGUCAGUGCCAAGCCGCAUCAACACCAAGUCUAUUCCUCCCCGAUCAAUGACCAAAACUCCCACAACUGCCGGACCUCCCAAGCGUCCCGGACACCAAACACAUGUAUCCACAUCGAGCAUUCCUCAUAGCCCUGUAAGGAGCCCGUCGCGAAUCCCAGCGCGAGUUCCCUUGUCGAAUAUGAAGUACGGCAACAACUCUCCCGAACGCCCUCGGGCUGAGUCGUGUGCUGAUAACUAUCGACCGGGCCAAUCCAUGAUGAGAGCACCCCCUCCCAAGAUGCGAGACAUCAUGGCUCAGGCUGAAUUUGAACACAAUAUGAACCCCUACAAAUCCUCCGGCCUUGCUUGCAGCAUUGUGCGUCCAGUUGAGCCUGAGGAUGUUUACGACGACCGCCCACCAACAGCUCGAUCCAACUCCAACCACUCCCAGUACAGCUACCCAAGCAAUAGUUCUCAUUUGAGCAGCCACCCAAGCUUCAGCGAGGAGAGCUUCCAAGAUCCGUAUGCGACUAUCCGCUCGCAAGGUUACCGUCCCGCCGCCCCCCCUCCACGACAUAUCUCGGGUGAAUCAAUGGCCUCUACCAAUAUCUCAGGAUCUGAGAAUUGGGAGACCUAUGAUGAUGACAACAGCGAACCCGAAGUUGAUGUUUCCGAUGCCUAUUAUGCGAGAUUAAGAGCUACUCGAAGCAAGCAGUUCUCACCUGAUCAAGGCCGUCCCAUAAGCAGUCAAUCUAAGCGCAUACGUGGAGUACCACCAGCAGGGUCUUAUAACGGACCAGUAAUGAUUGACCAGGACGGAAACCGCAUCAUUUCUAGCAGCGAGUGGACUGAUGAGGAUGCCUACUGA